AUGCCGAUAAAGGAAGAAAACCAGCCGUCGCCGUCGCCGUCGCCGCCAGGGAGCACCAACCGCGUGAAGGAGAUGGCUCUAGACCUUGCCCCAGCACAGAAGCUUCCUCCGGGCAUCUACUUCAGCCCGACGAAGCCGGAGAGCCUGCUCACCUACCUCAACCGGUGGAUCGCCGGGGUCGCCAUGCCAGACGCGGUCGGGUGGGUCAAUGAAGCCGACGUGUACGCUAAACACCCCGCCGUGCUGGCGGGCGAGUACCUCCCGGCCAGCACCCGCAACGACGAACCCAGCUGGUGGUUCCUCUGCCACUGCAAGCUGCAGCCGACGCGCCGCAGCGGUGCCGCCCCGCGCGCCGAACGCGGCGUCCUCACGGGAGGCUGCUGGAAGCUGGAGCAGAAAACGGAGGAGGUGGAAUGCGUGGAGACCCGCCGGAUCCUCGGUCACAAGCGCAGCUUCGGGUUCUACGUCAAGAAGGACAAGUCGCAGUGGCUCAUGGAGGAGUACACCAGCGUGGCUAUCCCGGAGGACGGCGUCGCCCUCGCCGGCGGCAAGAGAGUUCUGCCGGCGCUCUACAGGGUGUACCCCACUCCACGCGAUCACGAGGAGAAGGAGAAGAAGAAGAAUGCUAAGAAGAAGAGAGGCCGGGACGAUGAUGGGGAGGUCAACAACGCGCCCAUGACGGCUCCCCCUGUCCGGGUGAUAGUUCCGGAGACCUACUUUGACGCCAUUGUUGAGGCGUUGCUGCUGCAGUCGAGCGCUGGUGGUGUCGGCCAAGAGCAGACGCACGACACCGAAGCAGCGCCGCCCGACGAUGAUCACACCGUGAACAUACACGAGAAGGAGAUGUGCGCCAUGCCCGUGGAGCGACAGGGCAACACCGACGACGGCGAGCCUCCUCAGCUGCCUGAUCUCCUUGUGGUGGACGACGGCGACGUGGUGUGGAAGAUGGGCCGAGAUAAUGUUCUCGCGGACUCCUCUUGGAUCGACGAACAUUACUGAAUCGAUCAGGAUGAUUACUUUGUGCUUGCGGGAGAUACGGUACGCGGCGAAUUAUUCUUGUGGUGGCCAUUUGAUGGAAGUGUU